AUGAACUACUUCCCCGACCGGCAGCACGUGCGGCUGCGCAGCCUCGAGCUCGGCACGUACCUCCACGCCGCCGCCGACGGGAUCGAGAACGAACAAAGCAACACGUACCUGCUCCUGCACAGCGCCGCCUCCGGCCGCUACCUCGCCGCCGACACCAACACGCGGGCGCCAUGGGGCCAGCGCGGCUUCCGCGUCGAGCAGCGCGAGUUCGACGAGCCGGAGGUGGUGGAUUCCAUCAUGUGGCAGGUCAUCAGGCCCGGGAACUUCGUCCUGCUCCGCCACGUCAGCGGCCGCCUCCUCCGCGCCAACGGGGCACGACUCUUCAACUGGAACACCGGCGUCACCGUCGACAAGUUCGAGAACAGGAGCGCCAUGAAUCGGUGGGUUGUGGAGCCCAUCCCGCCCAGUCAGCUGUAUCCUGGCGUUCCAGGUCCGAUUGCGGAACCCCUCUCCAAUCCCCUGUUCAUGUGCUUACUGUUCGGGCGCGAGUCGCCGCCGGUGCGGUUGAUCCGGUUCCAGCAGGCGAACGCCGACGGGACUGUCAAUGAGGACGACUGGACCGAGUUCCAGUUCAGGGGAAACUCCAGCUACCGCCUGAGGUUCCAGCUGGUCGUCCGUAUGUACAUCGUCAACUUCAUCAUGUGCGUCCGAGCUGGCCGCUACGCGCGGCUCACCCUGAUACUCGCCAACCUGCCUAGAGGCGCCACCGGCGCCACCCUCUACAUCGUCGCCGUCCACUCCCUGUCGCCAGGUGCAGAUGAGCUGCGCUACCCGGACAUGGACGCGGCAUAGAUGAGAUCAGCUCAGGACUCCUGACAGCCGCCUCACUGUUCACCUUCUUCAGAAGUGUUGCCGCCUCGGACACGACAUCAUGAGAAUUUAG